AUGGGAUUGUGGUGGAAUGAUAUAAAUACAAAAGUUGUAUCCUUUUCCGAUCACCAUUUUGAUGUGAAUAUUCUGGAUGAUAAUAAUACUCCUAAAUGGAGAGCGAUUGGUAUUUAUGGUUGGGCCGAACAAUCUCAGAAACAUAAUACUUGGACAUUGAUGUCAUCUUCAAAAUCAUGUAGCUCGAUGCCAUGUAUUAUGUUUGGUGAGUUUAAUGAGAUAACAAGCUUGACUGAAAAGGAGGGUGGGGUGCAAAGAAGUGAAAGGUCGAUGGAUGCAUUUAGGGAAGCUAUAGAUCGGUGCCAUCUUCGAGAUUUGGGUUUCAAAGGGAAUAUCUUCACUUGGGAAAGGGGCAAUUCCAUGUCUACUUUUAUUCGGGAACGACUUGAUCGGUUUCUUGCAGGUGACGGGUGGAUGUCUUUGUUUCCUGAUUAUGAGGUCCGAAAUUUCCCAAUCUAUAGUUCGGACCAUGCUCCUAUUAUGGUGUAUUUGAAGAAGCAGGUUGCGUCAGAUGGUGGUGGGAAGAGCUUUAAAUUCGAACGGCUUUGGUUAUCAAGGGAGGAUUGUGUAACGGUUGUUGAUAGAAGCUGGAAGGCAAGCUUAGAGCGAAGCAUUGACCGUAAGAUUGCUCGUUGCGGGGAGGACCUGAGCUCGUGGGCUAGGAAGGCUUUCGGGUCUGUUAAAAAGAAGAUAAAAGACACUAAGAAAAGGCUCCGAGAAUUGAAGGAAGGGUCUAUGGAUGGCGCAACUAUUGAUCUGUGUAGAAGCCUGGCCGAAAAGCUUGAUUCCCUCUAUAUGCAAGAAGAAUCGUUCUGGUUUGCUAGGGCCCGUGCCAAUGAACUUAGGGAUGGGGAUAAAAACACAAAAUAUUUCCAUCACAAGGCAAGUCAAAGGAGGGCAAACAACCGCAUCAAUGGGCUUUCCGAUCAAAAUGGAAAUUGGUUGCAACAGAGGGUUGAUCUUGAGCGGCUAAUUGAAGCAUAUUUCAGGGACCUUUUUGAAUCAAGCUCCCCUACUGGAUUUCCGGAAGCUCUAGAAGGGAUCGAGGAGGUUGUGUCGACAGAUAUGAAUGAAUCGCUGGAUAGGGAACCUACAGGGGAUGAAAUCAAAGCUGCUCUCUUUCAGAUGCACCCAAAUAAAGCUCCCGGACCCGAUGAGUUCAGGCCUAUUAGUUGCUGCAACGUAAUAUAUAAAAUUAUUUCCAAAAUGAUGGCCAAUAAAUGGAAAGGGUUCUUAGGGGAGGUGGUUUCUCAAAAUCAAAGUGCUUUUGUUCCGAAACGCCUUAUUACUGAUAAUGCAAUUGUCGCCUUUGAGAUUUUUCAUAACAUGAAGAGGGGAGGUGGAGGAGGAGCGGGAAAUAUUUCCUUGAAGCUGGAUAUGAGUAAGGCAUAUGAUCGGGUGGAGUGGAGUUUUCUAGGGAUGGUGAUGAAAAAAAUGGGGUUUUCGGAAAUGUGGAUAAGUCGCAUUAUGGCGUGUUUGGAGAGUGUUAAUUUUUCUUUUAAGAUUAACGGGAAAAUCUCAGGGUCGGUUUCUCCAACUAGAGGGUUGAGACAAGGUGAUCCUAUUUCUCCAUAUUUGUUUCUGCUUUGCGCUGAUGCAUUCUCAACAUUAUUGAAUAAAGCUGCAACAAAUAACCUUAUUCAUGGUGCCAGGAUAUGUAAAGGAGCCCCUAGAGUUUCUCAUUUAUUUUUUGCCGAUGACAGUAUUCUUUUUGCUAGAGCUAAUGUGCAAGAAUGCUCCGUUAUAGCUGACAUCAUCAGCAAGUAUGAGAGGGCAUCAGGUUAG